AUGGAGGCCGGCGGCAACGGGCAGAGCUAUGUGCGGCGGCGGCGCUGGGAGCUUGGGGAGGGAGCUAGGAGCGGCGGUGGAGGUCGUGGGGGAGAAUUGACAAACCCCGCCUCGCCUUAUCCACUGGAGAAGGGGGAGCACCGGCAACGUGCCAGCAACCAUCAGGCAGCCAUGGGUGCUCCGUCCACCUCCACGUCGCCGCUGUCCCGCCUCCUCCUCAGCCUCCCGAAGCCCGGCGCCGCGAGGCACCCCCGCGCCUCUCCCGCAGCGCCGUGCCCGGAUGUCUCCAAGAGCGCCGGCGCCGGCGCCGGCCUCGUCCUGAUCCGCCGGCGCGAGGCCGUGGCCGCGGUGCUGUCCGGCGCCGCGCUCUCCCGCUCCCUCCCCCUCCUCCCCGCGUCGGCGGAGGCCGCGGACGGCGGGGAGUGCCCGCUCGAGGUGGCGCUGUCCGGGCUCGCCUUCUGCGACCGCGUCGUCGGCACCGGCGCCGCCGCCCAGCAGGGCCAGCUCAUCCAGGCGCACUACACGGGGAGGCUGGAGGACGGCACGGUGUUCGAUAGCAGCUACAAGCGCGGGAGGCCGCUCAUCUUCCGCGUCGGCGUCGGAGAGGUGAUCAAAGGAUGGGAUCAGGGCAUAGUGGGCGGCGAGGGGAUCCCGCCGAUGCUCGCAGGGGGCAAGCGGACGCUGAAGCUGCCGCCGGCGCUGGCCUACGGCGAGAAGGGGGCGGGGUGCAGAGGCUGGGAGCCCACCUCCUGUGUCAUCCCGCCCAACUCCACGCUCCUCUUCGACGUCGAGUACGUCGGCAGAGCCGUCAGCUGAGCUCUCUCUACUACUCAGCGUGGUUUGCUCUUUGCUGCAUGGCUGGCUGGCUGGCUGGCUGGGAUCCUGUCAAGAGCCACCACAUACAUGACUCCGUUUUUUUUUUUCUUUUGUGUGUGCUUGGCAUGUAUUACUAGUAAGUUUUUUUUUGAGAAAAUGUACUAGUACUAGUAAGUAGCAUACAUGAUCGUGACUCGCCGGUAGAACUAUGGACAUGAUGAAAUGUGAGACCAGAAUGGACAUGAUGCGUUCGUGCUUGAAUA